AUGACAAUUAAUUUCUUUCCGUUAUUCUUCAAAGAGGAAUACGGUCUCACGCCCAUCCACGUCUGCGCGCUGUUCAUGAGCCAGCCGCUCGUCGUUAUGAUCCUUUCGUUUGCUGCACAACGUCUGUCGAAGCCCUGUGGCCGCAUGCCCAUUAUCGCUUUCACCCGAGCAUUCUCCGUGGCGUGUCUCUUCUCGAUGGCAUAUGCGCAACCCAUGGCUCUCCAAAUAGUGUUAUUCCUAAUGCGAGGGGGCAUGAUGCGCUGCUCUCAGCCUUUGCGUCGCUCGAUCCUGAUGGACUAUGUGCCCAAGAACAUUCGAGCGCGCUGGAAUGCGUUGGAAGGUCUAUCGGUGUUUUCGUGGUCGGGCAGUGCAGUGCUGGGUGGCUUCUUGAUCGAUGCGUAUGGCUACCGCAUGUGCUUUAUUAUCACGUCGCUCGUUUAUUGCGCUGGCUUGAGUUUGGAGAUGUUCCUUCUACCUCUGACCAAGCACGCCGUUGAGAGAUAA